AUGUCUCAUUCCAUGGCCACUGACCCCAAAAGCCAUAUUAUCCUUUCAAUAAAGGAGUGGCUGUCAACCUGCGACAAGCUUCAUAACAAUACCUGCUGCAACCCAAACCUCAAUAUUAUAUCUUCCGCACCAUCUUCUUCACGUCCUUCUUGGCUCAUUGACACUCAGAAUCGGUGUAUAGUUCGCGGAGACGUGAAAGAUGAUUAUCUCGCCCUCAGUUAUACCUGGCAAGACGCAUUGCCUGGGUUUGACGACAAACAACAAUUGCAACUCCUCUCCACCAAUGUUGACUUGUUGACUCGUACCAAUUCAUUGCAUCUUGCGUCCCACUUACCCAAAGUCAUCCUGGAUGCUAUGGAAUUCACAACAACGAUUGGGAAAAGGUAUCUAUGGGUGGACAGGCUAUGCAUAAUUCAGGAUGAUCCUAGGAAAAGUUUGGAGUUCAUGCGGAUGGACCAAGUCUACUCCAAUGCCUACCUUACGAUAAUAGCUGCUGCGGAUUGCGGGAUGUUUCAGACAUCCGACCAAUCUAUUUCCAGCAUGACGGAAGAGUCUACGGGAGCAAGUUUGCUGUUUUCGCAUAUGCCAUACUCUUUACCUUUAACGAACCAUGAUACUAUUGCUUCCGCUCACUACGAACGGCUUGCAACGUCAAAGUGGGCGCAAAGAGCAUGGACGUACCAGGAACAUAUCCUCAGUAAACGCGGCAUCUUUUUUGUCUCCGGACUAGUCUUCUGGCUAUGCGAAUCCUCAAUGUGGGAUUUAUAUCACAUUAGACUUGAUAGAAAGCAGGAAGCAUCUAUAGCAUCUGGCUCUCCCCAGGAAUCGCUGACCCGAAGACUGUUAGUAGCGCCCUGGCCGGACUUUAGUGUCUAUUGUGACCUAAUUUGCCCUUACAACGGACGACUGCUAUCGCACCAAGAAGAUGGCCUUUCUGCGUGUUUAGGGAUCUUGAGCCGGCUGGAGCCCUCAUUCCCCAAUGGCUUUAUAUUCGGUUUGCCAAGGCUCUAUCUGGAUUAUGCGCUCCUGUGGCAACCAUUAAGAGGGAAUAUUCACCUCAAACCUCAUCAUCAAGAAACCAAAGAAUUAAAACGAAGACCUGCUCUUCCGUCGUGGGCAUGGUGUGGAUGGGAGUGCUACGUUGAUCCUCGGAGCUUUGAACCUGCUCUGAACCUCUGCUACGAUAGCGACCAGAAAAGCAAAGCGAGCUCAUGGAAGCUACGGAAUACAAUAACUUGGAAAUGCGAAACCCCCAUAAAUGAGCCCGCUAGGCUUGAUGAACUAUUACAGGCUUCUGGUUGUCAGCCACUAAGAGAACCGCCGCCUGGGUGGUUAUCACAGUGUGUGGCUCCUUCAACGAUGCCACCACCUCGAAUUUCCACUUGUACAGCGCGUGGGUUCUUUUCUCCUGUGGCUACUCUUGCGAUAAAAAUCAUCAGGACCUACGAUAAAGACUCACCCUCCUGUGGAUACACGCUCCAUUGUGAUGCUAGCAAAAACCCAGUUUUGACGGACAGGCCUCUAGACUCUAUGCCAAGAGUAGUUGUGCUCCAGAACUCAGACGGGGUGUUUUCGGGCUUGCUUCGUGUCACAGGAGACUCUGUCUACAAACCAAACGAGCCUAUAGAGCUUAUAGAAAUUUCAAGAGGUAGUGUAAGAGGUAGAGACUUGAAAGAUUGCUACGAAACAAGAGUGUUUCAAGCAAGCAAAUAUUGGCAUUCGAAACUCGUCUUUGCCCAUUUUGACAGCAGCUGGGGGUGGAAGAACGGCAGAAUUCUCGCCGAAAGCUCUGAGGAAUGCAAAGACUUUCGAAGAGGGCAUUUUAAUAAAUGUCGCACAUCUUUGGAUGCAUCAUUGAAAGAUGUUCGUGGCUGGUUUGGAGUCGUUGCCUCAGCAGAGCAGGAAGCACAAUUUAAAAGGCCAAAGAAUGAUUACGAAGACGAUCGGGUCUAUGAGUUCUCCAAUGUUCUAUGGGUCCAACGAGGAGAGAAUGAUGUUGCGUACAGAGCUGGUUGUGGUCGAGUGUUCAAGGACUGUUGGGAGUCGAAUAACCCCGAGAAUAUAACGAUAACAUUGGGUUAG